AUUUACUUCCAGCUCCUCAAAUUCAAACUGACCAAUUGUAAAGCUUGUUGAGCGUCACGUGACUCUAUUACCUAUUAGUUGAAUGGAUGGCGACGACGUUAACUGGCACCAAAUUUAAAAUUGCGAAUAUAAACGAAAAUAUGUCCGCUGAUACCUUAUCUCAGGUUCUGAAUGAGGUAGUAGAGACUUCCUUACAGCAUUUGGAAAGUAUAUGGAACGAGAUUGGUUUUGCGGCUGAUCAACGAAGUGAGCGAUGUAACAGUGUGUUGCGGCAUGUGGAAAGCCUCUUUGAAGAAAUGGUGCAACAGGAAACUGAUGUGAAAGAUAGCCUUAUUGGGAAAAUAACAGAUAUUAAAGAAAAGUUGAAGGUUCUCAGCAAAGAAUUAGCAGUUUCUGUAUAUGAACCUGAUAGCAAGCAGACAAUGUUGCAAUGUCGCAAAGAUCUACUCCAUCAUCUUGAGACAUUGACAAAGCAAAAACACACACGUAUGGUGGCUCUAAAAAACUUAAUAGAUCAAGAGAAGAUCUUGUGUGAUCGCACAAAAAUACUUCCUUUCCAUAUAUCACAUAGCACUGUUCCUUCAGACAACGAUCUAUCUGAAUAUGAGAAACAUAUUGAAGAGCUGACUAUUGAGCAGAAUAAACGUUUUGCAACAUUUACUAUUAUCAGAGAACAAAUUCAAGAAGUCUUUAAACAGAUAGAUGAUAGUCCAUCCACUGUUUUCGAGAGACAGGCUUUGGCUGAUGAUGAAAAUGAUUUCAUCCUAUCUUCUGAAAAUAUGACUGCUUUGAAUAAUCUACAAAUAGAGGUCAUUGAGCGCAAAGCUAAAGCAGAAGAGAAACUACUUGCAAUGAAGAAUCGUUUAAAUGUUCUUUGGCAACGUCUGGAAACACCUGCGGAAACUCGUGAAGAAUUUUGGGAAAAACAUGAGUCUUUGAAACAAGAAAAUCUUAAAACUGUGAGUGAAGAAAUCCUUCGUUUGGAGGCUCUGAAGCACACUCAGAUGGAAAAGGUUGUGACGAGCAUGAAGCGAGAGUUAGAGCGUUGGUGGAAAGUUUGCUUCACUCCAAACGAAUUGAGGGAUAAAUGUUCUGCUUACAAAACUGAAGGUGUUUUCACCGAUGAAAUUGCUGAUGCUCUAGAAGCGGAAAUUAACAACCUUCAAGCUUUUUAUGAGCGACACAAGAACCUUUACAGUCAAGUAAAGCAAUGGGAAGAAAUACUGGAGGAGUAUACUGUUCUCGAGAAAAAGGCAACUGAUCCUAAUCGUUUUAACAAUCGGGGUGGAGCUUUACUUCAAGAGGAAAAAGCUCGCAAAAGAAUUAUCAAAGAGUUGCCAAAGCUAGAAGCUAACCUCCAGGAAUUGAUCAAUAAUUGGGAAGAAGAACAAAAAUUAAAGUUCUCAAUUUAUGGAAUGGAGUUCUCAGAAUAUGUUUCACAGCGCUACAAAACAAUUCAUGAUGAGAAAGAGCGUGAAAAAGAACAGCGACAAAAAACACGGGCCCUACAGAUGGAAUCAGAUAUUAAAUUUGGUACCAAACCAGCUAUCACUCCAAAGAAACGAGGAGCCCGAAUGCCGGUCACACCAUCUAUGUUGGCAAUGAAUAAAACUCGAAGGCGAAGUCAGUCGACACCAAAAGGCAAGGCAAAGAUAAUUGCUGGAGUGAGGACACCUUUGUCAGUUACCCGAAUUAACACCACCAACAUGAAUGUCACAACAAAAUCAGUAACACCUCGUCGAAAAUCUAAUCGUUAUCGACCAUGGGACAAGAAUGCUGACCGUACCAACAAGCUAUUGCAUAAAACAAUCAGAGGAGGUGUACAGAAAGAUGCUAGUUUUGGAUCAACUGGAAGCUACAAUGAAUUUGCUAAAACCCUGAAUUCAGUGGAGCGUAUGAACUAUCGAAGUAGCAUUAUAGAACCUGCCCAGUCUGCAUGUCCUGCCAAAUCUAAGCUAACCCCCAUAUCACAAUCAGUUUCUCAUACUCCAAAGUCGAAGCUGGCAAAUGCACCACGAAUGCCAGCUCACACGCCAAUGUCAACACGACUGUAAACCUUUUUGUUUUGCAAUUGCCACUUAAAAAUUAGCUUAAGCAUUAUGAUAGUAUAAAUGUUAGUUGGUGAGGAAACUUCACUAGAAAAUAACUAAUGCACAGCUUUGCUGGUUAUCAUCGAAAUUGGCAAAUUAUAUUUUUUUCUGCUUGGAUUAUGUCAUGUAUUAUGCUGUAUAUAGUCAAAUUUAGAUCUGUACAUAAAUCUAGAAUGUAUAUAUUGUACAUCACUUAUUUUGCAGACAGUUUCACCUUUCUAUCACAGCAUUUAUAGUAUCUUAGGAUUUCCUUCAGCCUUGCUUCAUAGGCUAGUGUACAAAGCAAAUACUUAUUGCUUCUAUUUAAUUUUAGACUCACUAUACUACUGCAAUGAUUGUAUGUGAAUUCAUGGAUGUGUUGGUGUUUGAGAAAGACAUUACUAUUUAAAACAAAUAAUUUCAUCCACAUUGUUUUUUUUUUUACUUUCAAUUAUUGUCCAUUUUUCUUUCGCUAGUAACUAGAUGUCAUUCUUAUCAAUAUUAUUUAUAACCAUACAAAAUAUACCUACAUACAUAUACAAACUUGUGCUCCUUCUUGCUGCUUACUCCUGCUGGGGAUAAUAGAUUCCCAGAAUAUUGUUUAUAUUAUUUGUAGUUUAUUUCACUCAUGUCUGCCAUUACUUUCAUUGUACAUAAUAAUCAUUUGUAAAGGUUUUGAUGAAGCCUUAUUUUUAUGAACUGGUUUUUAAAAUUUUUUUUUUUUACUUUUUGCAAAGUAAGUGGUCUAGUUUUGAAAGAAAGAUGGGGAUGGCAUAAAAUGUCACAAAAUGAUAAGAAAAUAAAUGUGAUGUUUUGAUUUGUUUUAUUGGUCCUGAAAAUGUUAUUCUUUACUCUGUGAAAUGGAUUUUUUUUUUUUUUUGCUUUUUCGAACACUAUCUGUAAACUGCAAGUUUUCAGAUAAAUACAAUCCUAAUUGUGCACAAGUCUUAAUUCUUGUAUUUAGACUGAAACUUUUGAGAUUGAAGGAAGAUGUGAUUUUUAAAAUUAAAUUUUGUAACAGAUCUUUUGUUUUACAAGUUUUAAUAAAGG